AUGUCCUCCUGCGAAGCUUCAAUACCCGCAAGUCUCAGCCCAUCGCAAAGACUACAAGCGAUUGGAUCAUCUAGAUACUCGCAAUGUUCGACAACAGCUCCGACUUUGGCAUGUUCCCUGCUCGGCCCAAAAAGAAAGCGCGAUGACCUUCAAGCCGACGACCACAACAUCGAGGAAUUGACAAGCGAUUCCGAGGUAACCUCGCCUGGCAGACGACUACGAAAGCGUACUCGAAUCUCUUACGCAGGAUUCCCCGAAUCCGACGAGGAAAGCGACGCAGACUUGGGCUAUGAUUCCGAUUCGUCUGUUGAUUGGGGCUCUCGCUCGAAGCAGACCAAGUCGAAACGCGCACGCAAAGUAAAGCCCGUAAAGGCAUUCCCUCUCUUCUCAUUACCCAGCGAAUUGCGCAACAAGAUUUACUCACUAGUCUUGGAAGAUCCUCAUGGCAUGGUUCUAAACGAAGGCUGGCGUGCGCAUCGUCGCGUACCAAAGCGUUGCCAGUAUCUCGACUGCCGGGACAAGGAACGCUAUGCUGGUUUGGGCAACCUAGUAUACUCAGAAAAGUGUUAUUACCAUCGGAAUGGACAUCUUUCAUGCAAUCUGGUACCCGCCCUACUUGCUGUGAGCAAGCAGGUCUAUGCCGAAGCAGCAACUAUACUUUACUCACAACCUCUACACUUCGUCAACACGACAGCCCUACACAGCUUCUUGGCGCCUCUGAGCAAUCAAACCGGGUCUCUCAUCCGCAACAUAACUAUUCACAACUACGAUGUUGGUGGCCGUGGAGUACGAAAGUCAAUGAACGUUUCGGCAUUGACUCUUCUUCGCAGCUGCAGCAACCUUCAGACCUUGCGCAUAGAAGGCUUCGGUCAAUACGCCUGGGGCAUCCACUACCGGGGCAGACCAAGUCCCGAAAAAGCCGGCAAAAGGGAGGGCACCAGUAUAGCACAGCAGAUAUACCGUGACGCUGCUUUCUGGUUUGACACUAUUGGUGCCAAAAGGNCUCUACAGGUGCUGGAGCUUGCUGGCCUUCAGCGUGAGACGGGGUCUGACGAUGAGACCGAAGCGCUGCGAAUUGCCAACGUCGUUCUGAUCGAGGAAUUGACUGCGUUAAUGAAUAGAAAGAGAGGCAUGAAGAAAAGCAGAAAACGUAGAAUCACUCCCGAGUAG